CAACACAGCGCAACACACGGAAAGUCUCUUUGUUCCCUUUUCUCUCUCUCUCUCUCUCUCUCUCUCCUUUCCCUCCUUGCGGUCUUUUUUUCCCUCUCUUUCUCACUCUCACUCGCCAUUUCCCUUCGCGCGAUUAUUUCCUCUUGUUCCGAUUAUCAAAUCAAUGGCUCCUAAAUACCCUAACUAUCAAAUCUAAGCGAUCCUCCUUCCACCUUUUUCUAUAAAUUAAAAUCAAAUACACUCACAGACACUCUCUCUCCGCAGAUUAACAGUGCUAUCGUGUAUCUCAAGAAUAAAAUAAAUUAAAAAAAUAUUUAUUUAUAUAUAUAAGGUCGGUGUGUGUUUCUGUCAUAAUCUCCGUUCGCUUUCCAUCUCAGGUUCAGUAUAGGUUGGUAAUACAAUGAGCCGACCAACCACUCGCAGUAAAAAUAAAAGAAAUAGACAAGGGGAUGAUGUUAAUAUAACUUCUGAGAUACUGAGAAAAAUUCAUGCAACAGGUGAAGUAACCAAUGAAGAUGUAAAUCAACUAUACAUGAUCUCGAAGCCAGUUUGUCAAGGCUGCCGUGUGAAUACUAAAGAUAAUCCCAACUGCUUUUGUGGGCUGAUUCCACCACCCAAUGGGAGUCGAAAAUCUGGCUUAUGGCAGAAAUUGUCAGAAAUAGUUCAAGCCAUGGGUGAAGACCCAUGCAAAAAUCUUCGUGCAUCUGCUGAUUCACCUGCUGGUCUCACAAACCUAGGAGCAACAUGCUAUGCCAACAGCAUACUCCAGUAUCUGUAUAUGAAUACUUCUUUCAGAGAAGGCCUUUUUGGUGUUGAACCAGAAUUACUGAAACGACAACCUGUUUUGGAUGAGCUUGCCAGGCUUUUUGCGAAGCUCCAUGCUGGUAAAAUGGCUUUUAUUGAUUCUGCUCCAUUUAUAAAGACACUGGAGUUAGACAAUGGAGUUCAGCAGGAUAGCCAUGAGUUCUUGACCCUACUUCUUUCCUUGCUUGAGCGUUGUCUAAGCCAUUCAGAAGUUUCCAAGGUCAGAACAAUUGUUCAAGAUCUCUUCCGCGGAAGUGUGUCACAUGUAACAACGUGCUCGAAAUGUGGAAGAGAUUCUGAAGCAUCUUCAAAGAUGGAAGACUUUUAUGAGCUGGAGUUGAAUGUGAAAGGGCUGAAAAGCUUAGAUGAGAGUUUGGAUGAUUACCUUAGUGUGGAAGAGCUGCACGGCGAGAAUCAAUAUUUCUGUGAGCUUUGUAAAAUGAGAGUUGAUGCCAAUCGCAGUAUUAAACUACGAACUCUGCCUGAUGUCCUUAAUUUUCAGCUUAAACGUUGUGUUUUCCUUCCAAAGAAGACCACAACAAGGAAGAAAAUCACAUCUGCAUUUGCUUUCCCUGGAGUAUUGGAUAUGCAGAAGAGACUGUCCGAACCCUCUGAGAUGGAAUGGAUAUAUGACUUGUCAGCUGUUUUGAUUCACAAGGGAACUGCUGUAAACAGUGGUCAUUACACUGCUCAUAUUAAGGAUGAGCACACUGGGCAAUGGUGGGAGUUUGAUGAUGAGCAUGUCUCAAACUUGGGUCUUCAUCCUUUUGGAGAAGGCUCUUCAAGUUCAACAUCUAAAGUUGUUCACAGUGAGCCACCGGCUUGCCCGGAAGUGGAUACUGUUUCUAAUGGAAAUCAUGUGGAUGCUGUUCAGCCUGAUUCUUUGAAACCCAGUAUUGGCAGCACUGCGGAGACAUUUUCAUCAAAUGAUGCAUACAUGCUGAUGUAUAAUCUUAGGCGUACCAAGAAGGUAGAUGAUAAUAGACCCAUGGUUUGUGGUGCCAACGACAUUGUAUUAGAAGGUUGUGAGAGCUCUUUACAUGACGGCUCUCUUCCAUCCCACCUCUUUGAAGAUGUAAAGGUUUUCAAUGAGUCAUAUCUGGAAGCUUGCCAAAAGUAUAAACUGAAGAAGGAUAAGGAGGUGAAUCAUAUCACAGAAAGGAGACAAGAGGUGCGAACAGUUCUUUCUGAAGCUCCUGUCCAGUCACUUGAAAAACCAUCUUAUUGGGUAUCCACUGACUGGCUUCGCCAGUGGGCUGACAGCAUUACACCACUCAGUGCAUUAGAUAACACCCCUAUCCAAUGCUCACAUGAAAAAGUCCCAGUGUCAAAAGUGGGAACCAUGAAGCGAUUGUCUACUGAAUCUUGGGCCAAAUUGUUUUCUAAGUAUGGUGGAGGGCCAACCCUGACUAAUGAUGACUACUGCAUGGCUUGCCUAAUGGAUGGUGCACGAUCUGUGGUCUGCGCUGAUAGCUACAGGGAUCGAAGGACAUCAAUGAGAGAUCUUGCAAAUGAUGUACUUGCAGGGAAGUGUCUAGAAGGGACAUACUAUGUGUCCAAGACAUGGUUGCAGCAGUGGGUGAGAAGAAAAAAUGUUGAUGCUCCAAGUGAAGCUGAUGCAGGGCCAACAGCUUCAAUCCGAUGUCCUCAUGGGAAACUGAUGCCUGAUCAAGCACCUGGUGCCAAGCGGCUGCCGGUUCCUGAGAAUCUUUGGCUCUUCUUUUAUGAGGAUGCCAUUACAGUGAAACCUGAUGAUUCCUCAGGUUGCACAACUUUUUCUUCAGAUUCUGAGCAGUGCUCCCAAUGCUGUGCAGAACUUUCUGAAGUUGCAUGCUUGGAGGAUUCCCUUAGAGCCGUGAAGCUAAAACAGCGCCAAAAUCAUGAGAAAUUGUCUAUGGGAAAAAGUAUUCCCCUUUCUUUGCAUUGCAAGUAUUACUUGGUGCCCUCGUCAUGGCUGACAAAAUGGAGAAACUAUGUAACUGCAAGUGGCAAGAAUAUUUCUUCAUCUGUGGAACCUGAAGCUCUGGAUAUUGUCAUUGAUUCACUGAAAUGUGAAAAGCAUUUUCGACUCCUUGAAAGGCCUCCUGAUCUGGUUACUAAACGUGGCAUACUUUUCCAGAAAGGUUCAGCGACAGAUGGGUUGACAAUCAUUACGGAUGAAGACUGGAACAACUUUUGCGAAGAGUGGGGUGGUAACAAGGAGAAAGGAAUAUCUGCAGUAAUUGAGCCUAUUAACGUUGUGGAAAAUACUUUGUCUGGCUUCUCUGAAGUGACAGCAGCAAGUGAGGAACAGCUGAAUCGUCAAGAUGAAGUAAAUGAUGAGACUGAGGGCAGACAGCCUAUUAUUAGGACUUGCCCCGAGAUCUGUGAGGACUGCAUAGGUGAAAAAGAAAGUUGUAAGUUGAUGCAGAAACUUAACUACUCUAAUGAGGACAUACAUGUUACUCUUGUACGUGGUAAGGAAGCUCCAAGAUCAAUUCUAGAAGCUUCUAAGGCUACUUCGGAACCUGAACGACGCGCCUCAAAGCGGUCUCGAAGGACCAGCUAUGGGAAUUCAGUACACUUAAAAGUUUCUGGCUGUACCUCUAUAUACCAAUUAAAGAUGAUGAUAUGGGAAUCACUUGGGGUAGUUAAGGAGAACCAGGUACUUCACAAAGGAGAAAUGGUACUUGACAAGGAUGAUGCUACUCUUGCAGACUUGAAUAUAUUCCCUGGUGACAAACUUUGGGUGCAAGAUUCUGAAAUCCAUGAACAUAGAGAUAUUGCCGAUGAACUUGCUGACGAAAAUAUGAAUACACAACAUGCUGAAGAAGGAUUUCGGGGAACACUUUUAACUGCAAAUAUUUCAUCCCAACCUCUUCAAGAUGUAUGCUCGAAAUAGUGAUCCUCAUGUAUCCACAGUUUUGUAUAUGCUGAUUUUGGGAGAGUAAAACAGCCUGAACAAUAGACCUGCCUAUCAAUGAACCAGCAGUUGUGGGUUGGUGGUUUUGGCUUCUGCAUUUCGAAAGGCCGGUCGAUUACUAAAUGUAGAGCUCCUAAAGUAUUCUGUAAUUUUUGUAUGUAGAAGAUAUAGUGCCUCAUCUUGUAUUUUUGGUCAACACUUGUGGUAGGAAAUGAAAAUAUGUGUUGCAGCAAGUCUCCUGCAGUGCCACAGGUUUGAAUGGGGCUCUGAAUAAUGCUAUCCGUUACAAUAUUGACGAUA